AAAUUAUUUCGAUAUAUCCACUUUGGCUCGUUUUCGUAUUGGGCUCCAGAGAUGCUUUAGUUUCGCCAAGAUAGACAGUUGAUAUUACUAUUAUACCCAGGAGGACUCAAUGUCGUACACCAAUUAUUGCACCAGGUAAGCCCAAAACAUCAAAAUUUCGGAAACAAGUCUGAGUAGCAACAAACAGUCGUUCAAGGACUGUCUGUCUAUAGGCGAAAAUGGUUUCCAUCUUUUGCUUUCCUCCUCGUCGUGGGGUAUCUUAGAUAGCGAGGCGCUCAACCUUGUCGCGCAUGGCUCGGAUCUGGCCGGCGAGCUCGCUGGCGUCGUUGCUGGUGAUGCUAGCGGCGAUGACAGCACGGCUGACACCACACGCACGGCCGAGGUGCAUCUUGCUGCUAACGUAAACAUAGGGGACUAUCGAGCUCAAGUUAGCAAUCAUCCCAGACUGCAUCAGAAUUACCAAUUGCGCUUACCAUUCUUGUCCUCGCAGAGAAGAGGAAGGUGGAGGAGAAUGGCGAGGGGCUGAGUGUCAGCAGCGAGGAUGACAAGCUCAGAGACACCACGGUUCAGGGUCUUGGUGGCUUCGUUAGCUCCCUUCUUCAGCUGGCGGGCAUCUGUCAAGUGCGUUAGCGAAUUGGCCUGGAUUGGGCCUUGUUGAUGAUGACCUACGCUGAGAAGAUUGAACGAGAUCGAGAAGCUCCUGCUCGAGCUUCUGAUCGGCAAGGGGCCAGGCUACCGACAUGUCAGUGGAUGAUCACAGGAGAGCUGCGAGGCGAGGGAAUUGGUCAUACCAGCACUCUCAGACAUUGUGAAAGAUUAGACCGAGGUUUUGGUGAGGAAAGUUUCUAAUCAAUGGCAGUCAGUCGCUGGUCCCUGUGGGGAUUAGAGGAGAGUCGAGUCGAGGCUGCGUACAGGAUGGUAUGAGUAUCAGGGUUCCUUGCGUUGGCUCGCCCUGAGGACUGAAAGUGAGGUUGGUGGAGGAAUGUGGUUGGCGAUAUAUCGACAAAGUCAAGAAGAAAUAAGAAAAAAAGAGAAGAAGUUGGAUAAUAUGCGCCAAGGCGGCAGAAAAAUUCACAUGUGGCGCGCUGAGCCUUGUGUGGCUUGCCGCUGCGAGGCUUUCCUGGCCCCACUUCUCCUGUUUCGAGUCCACCAGUCAGCGGCUGGUCUGGCUGGCCCAUCUUUUAUCCGAAACACCAGCCGCCCCGUAGUGCAUUAUGUAAUGCUCCCCGUGCCUCUCCCUCCCAAUAGAGUACAGCAAAACCUUGCCGCCAACCAGACGCCAACCUGGAAUGAGACCUUAACAAGCACACCUUCACCUCGACAUCUUCGUCUCAAACCCCAAGCAAUCGAUUCCCGUUGUCCAACGACUUCAUCUCCCGACAGCUUAGCUCGUCCUCCGAUUACUCGAUACACCUUUUGAAACGAUAUUGUCCCAUUGAUAUCUGCUUCAUCCUCAGAUAAACAACCGUCAAGAUGGUUAGCGAACUUUGCCCCGUUUACUCGCCCUUCUUUGGUGCUAUGGGCUGCACCUGCGCCAUUGUUUUCACCUGCCUCGGCGCCUCUUACGGUACCGCCAAGUCGGGUGUUGGUAUCGCUGCCAUGGGUGUCCUCCGCCCCGACCUGAUCGUCAAGAACAUUGUUCCCGUCAUUAUGGCUGGUAUCAUUGGUAUCUACGGUCUCGUCGUUUCCGUUCUUAUCUCCGAUGGCUUGAAGCAGGACCUUCCUCUGUUCACCAGUUUCAUUCAAUUCGGUGCUGGUCUCUCCGUCGGACUUGCUGGUCUCGCUGCCGGCUUCGCCAUUGGUAUUGUUGGUGAUGCUGGUGUUCGAGGAACUGCCCAGCAGCCUCGUCUCUUCGUCGGCAUGAUUCUUAUUCUCAUUUUCGCCGAAGUCUUGGGUCUCUAUGGUCUCAUUGUUGCCCUCCUCAUGAACUCCAAGGCCAACGUCGACGCUGUAUGCUAAAUCAACAACGGAACAGGAGUCCUGCCCUGAAUGACAGCCAGACAAGAUCGAACUCAAAUUAUAAGAGCUGUUUAGGGUAUGGUCGACUGAAUGAACACUAAUAGCGCUUGCAACUUUUCUUGCUUCUUGUCCCGAACAUGGACGGUGCAGUAAGGGUUGUGAACGUUGGCGUUGGCUUGGCCCGGUUUCAUACCUGCCCCUUUUUCGCGCAAUCAUGGAAUAAUGGACUUGAGUUACUGUUUUUGUUUUCUAUUAUGGGAGAAGAAGGGCUGGGACGAAAUAGGAGGAUGGUUCUGUAAAAUACUCUCAACAUGCGUGUUAUUCUCUGGGUGGCUUCUCAUCAUAGACGGUGAAGGGAACUCGAGUAUUAGUGUAUGCUAUUGCCAAUUGUUUUUAUGUACCAGAACUUGACAUAUACGUCCCUUUCAUACAUCGUCAGGUCUACUUAAGCAGCCAGCUAUCAUCGAACAAUCACAUACUGGACCAAUUAUGGCGGGAAUCGUACAUGUCCUGACACGACCGGUACACGCCGAGUCAUUGCAGGUCUAGACGACAUCAGUGUUCUGAGGCGUAAUGCUCACUAAGGGCGUAUUAACAGCAGUUUAUUAUAGGAUCCUCGCUUCAUAAAAAGUAUGCAGACGCGAGCGGAAGAUCAUAUGGUCUAAAACCCUC